CUUUGAUCCAGUGAUAAAGAAAACAAUGCUGUGGUUUGCUGAAUGUUAAGACUUCAGAAAAGUCUGAAUUGAUGCUACACAGACAGAUGAAAACAUAAAACUUCUUUCAAUUCAUCUAGCUAUGCUGGAUUUAUCUGCUGCAAGUACCAAGGAUGUAUAAAAGCCUCUAUAUAAUAAGUAUCCUUGCCCUGUUUGUGCCCAUUCAGGGCAUUGGGAAAACACCUACCAACUUUUUCAUAAAUGAUGACAAAAAAUUAAUAUUCCCUGUACAGACUCAAGGAAAGUUUACUGUAUGCUCUGAUCAUAAAAAUGCAAUGGUGACAAUCAAGCAUUUUCUUACAGUAACCUCUUAUAACCCAAAUAUAUUAUAUAUCGUCAAUGUAAGUGGCAGUCUGACUGAUCUGAAUACGUUUCAGAUCUCUGUGAAGUCUGGGGAAGAAGGAGAGACAUACCUGAAAAUCCAGCUGUGGAAUAAAGUAGGUGACAGAAGUAUCCUGGUGGAAGAAAAGGACAGGAUUAACGUCAUAGUAACAAAUAUGCAGCAACUGUCGGUUUAUGACCAAAUCGAAAACAGUGGUGUGAACAUUUUGGUUCUUUUUCUUCUUGUGAUAAUCCUACUUAACAAGUGUGCAUUUGGCUGCAAGGUAGAACAAGAAACUAUACAGAACCUGCGCAAACAACCUCUCCCUCUAAUUCUUGGAGCUUCAGUCCAGUUUGUCAUAAUGCCAUUCUAUGGAUUCAUUUUAACUAAAGUGUUUGCAAUGCCUAAUGCUUUGUCAGUGGGGUUCAUCAUGACGUGUUCUUGUCCUGGUGGAGGAGGUGGAUAUCUCUAUGCUUUACUUUUGGAAGGGGACAUAACACUGGCAAUCACUAUGACUUGUUUCUCUACAUUACUGGCAGUUUUCACAAUGCCCAUUAAUUCAGCAGUAUAUAGUAGGAUUCUUGGACUUUCCAGUUCUUUGCACAUCCCUUUCCUUAAAAUUAUGGGGACAUUACUUUCCAUUGCCUUUCCUAUAUCACUUGGCAUACUUAUUAAACAAAGACUUCCUAAAGUGGCAAAAACCCUUGAAAGUAUAAUCAAACCAUUUUGCAUUGUAAUAGUGACUGUAGGCAUUUAUUUAGGCUUUGAGUUGGGAUCCACAUUCAUUGUAAGCUUAAAAACAGAUUUAGUUCUGUUGGGAAUGUUAGUCCCAGCAUUUGGACUAUGCCUUGGCUACUUCCUUGCAAGCAAUGUUUUCAAACUUCCAGUUCCUAUUUGCAAGACUGUUGCUAUUGAAAGUGGAGUACAAAAUAGUUUCCUGGCUUUAGCUAUUUUACAGCUGUCCUUUUCUCGGGGAGAAGCCAACUUGUCAUCUGCAGCUCCUUUUGUUGUUGCUGUAAGCACUGGCACUGAAAUGCUUUUUCUGGUUCUAUUCUAUACAGUAAGACAACAGUGUAAUAAGAAGCAUGGUCGGCUUACAGUUUCACCAGGUAAAAUGUGAGAAAGACAGAUGCAAGCUGGUAAUAAGCCAUGAUUGGAUAGAAUUAAAAGGCUUUAACUGCAUGUAGCAAACAGAUAAGGUGCAAAUCAAAGCACUGGUGCCCAUUGACCUCUAAAAUAACGUAAAGUACCUUUAUGAUUUAUAAAAAAGUGAAAUAAUUGUGUGUGUGUGUGUGUG